AUGGAGGUCCUCGAGGAAAAUAUAAGUCGUGUUGAGGCUCGAAUUCGCGAACUUGAAACCCCACGGGAGCAGGGUCCACCUAUCCUUCUGAGUGACCCUUACUCGACUGGUGGUUCCUCUUCGAAUGCCAGUGUAUCUCCCGUUACGGUAGUUCCUUCUUUAGGUUAUGGCUGGUGGACACUGUCAGACCCCCCUCUCGACGUUAAAACCGUGCUGAUCGACAAAUUUCUCGAUUACGCCUCAGAAUAUGGAUUCUUCAUGAACACUUCCCGCUUCCGAUCAGCCGCCCUUGAUCCUUCUGCAUAUUACUCCCGGCCAUUACCAGCACUUAUGACGACAGCUUACUUAUUGGGGAUUUCCCUAUCCCACGCUCCGUCUUUGAUCAUUCACGAAAAGACGUUCCUUGAGCGCGCGCUGGCGGAUGUAUCCAGUGCACUCUCAAGCAAUUAUCAUCCCCAGAGAUUUGUGCAAACCAUACAAGCCGAGGUUCUCUUGGCUUAUUACUUCCUAGCGUCUGGACGCUUCUUAGAGGGAAAGUACCAUGUCACAACGGCGGUUUCCCUGGCCCUCAGUACUGGGUUGAAUAAAAUACGAUCCGACCGAAACACUUCCACUGGUCAGAUGCCAGUUCUCCCAGCCCCGCGGGAUGCCAUCGAAGAAGGCGAGCGUGUGGACGCUUGCUGGACCGUUUUGAUCUUGGAUAAAAGUUGGGCAGUCGCAUUGGCAUCUGUGCCCAAUUCUACAUGCCCUUCUGAUAUCGUCGGAGUUCAGCUCGAUACCCCAUGGCCUCUUGAAGUCCAACAAUACGAGCAUGGAGGGUUUCCUUCGGGUAUGGUGUGCAGUUAUACCAUUCAGAAGUACCUCAGAGGUGCACCGACAUCGGGCGGUAAUGAAAUGUCGACCAAGGCGCUUCACGCGAAAGCGUCUCUCCUAUGGGAGCGUGUGACUGACUUAAUAAGGAAUUGGAAACCCGACAUGGCCCAACAGGAGUCGAUUGACUUUUAUGCAUCAUUUGCGGCUUUGGACGGUCUGCUUGAAAAUCUGCAAAAUGCCCUUCCAUCACCGAAUGCAGUGACCAACCCGACAUCCGCCAAAAGGAGGACCCUCUUUGUUGCCCAUAACUUGACCUACGCCGCUAUCAUGCAAUUGUACGGUCUUUUCGCCAGGGUCGAUGCGCAAUCUAAGGAUAAGGUUCUCAUGGCUGCUCAAGCUGUAUUUCGAAUGACCGGUACCGUGCCGCAUGGUUCACCCAUCAAUCCGAUUAUUGGGACGGUCUGGAUAUCUGCAGGUCAGGUCCUACUUGAGGAAUUGGUUGCGUUGAGAGCAUCGCGCCCAGCACAUGGCCCUGCAAAUGACAGGGAAAUAGAACUUUUCGGUAUCUUUAAUGCUGGUUUUCAGCAUAUGAUCGUCUUGGCGGAAAGCUGCGUUCUCUUAAAGUAUCAGGUUAAGCAAAUACAAGAAGCAUUUGCCGCACCGUAACUGCUGUUUAUGGUUUCUGAUAGAAAGAACUACCUAUAGAGGUUCCAUUAAUGGACGACAUACUGUCGUGA